GAGACGUCAAAUGAAUAUCUCGGUAUGUAUCGCGAGAUUUCCUUGCAAACGUCCUUGCAUAAAGUUCACAAGCAGGUAUCCCUUCGCUGCAGCAACAAGAGACGCCAGGAGUCCAUUAUGAACAGAGUUUUAAACAAAUCAUCCUUGAGGAAUCUGACUGGUCUCCUCCAGAGGUUUCAGAGCACCUUAGUCGUCGCAGAACACAACAAUGACAAACUGACCCCCAUUACUCUCAAUGCCAUCACUGCUGCUGGUAAACUGGGCGGAGAUGUGUCUUGUCUGGUCGCGGGAACGAACUGUGCAAAGGUUGUGGAGGAAAUCAGCAAAAUACUGGGAGUGAAGAAGAUUCUAGUGGCCCAACAUGAGUCUUACAAAGGCGCCUUGCCGGAGGAGUUGACUCCCCUUAUCCUGGAAACACAAAAGCAGUUCAGCUUUACUCACAUCUGUGCUGGUGCAUCUGCUUUUGGAAAGAAUCUGCUUCCCAGAGUCGCUGCCAAGUUGGAUGUUGCACCAGUUUCUGAUAUUAUUGAGAUCAAAUCUCCAGAUACUUUUGUCAGGACCAUCUAUGCAGGAAACGCCCUCAGCACCGUGAAAUGUAACGAGCCAGUCAAGGUCUUCACUGUCAGAGGAACAGCAUUUGAAGCGGCUUCAGUGGAGGGAGGAAGUGCUGCUUCAGAAGAAGUGGUUUCACCUGCUCCUACUGGAGUUUCUGAGUGGCUCGAACAAAAUCUGACAAAGAGUGACCGUCCAGAGCUGACGGGUGCAAAGGUCGUGGUGUCAGGAGGAAGAGGAUUGAAGAGCGGAGAAAACUUCAAACUGCUUUACGAUCUUGCUGACAGAUUGAACGCUGCUGUUGGUGCAUCCAGAGCUGCUGUGGAUGCUGGGUUCGUCCCUAAUGACAUGCAAGUUGGACAGACGGGCAAGAUUGUAGCACCGGAACUGUACAUUGCAGUUGGGAUCUCUGGAGCUAUCCAACACCUGGCUGGAAUGAAAGAUAGCAAGACUAUUGUGGCCAUCAACAAAGAUCCUGAAGCUCCCAUUUUCCAGGUAGCUGACUAUGGCCUUGUGGCAGAUCUUUUUAAGGCCGUUCCUGAGAUGACAGAAGCACUGAGCAAGUGAGGGGACGCUUCAUCGCACAGGUGUAAAUAAAAAGGCGACCACAGGAAACAGUCACUGCCUUAACAAGAUGUUGGUGUGCCACAACAUCUCAUACUUUAAUCCCAGUUUUUAUGUAGACAGCAGAUGUCAGACGAUUCAUGGAUAACCUGUACUUAGAUGUUUUUGCUUUCUGUAGUACAUGUAAAUUGUAUUUAAAGAGCUGGAACCGUAAGCACCUCUUUUGGGAUGCCUGACUUUUUACAUGUAAGAUCUUCACAUUGACUCAAAGGAAAUAUGUACAGUAAGUAAAGAGAUGAUCUUGGAAAACAGUGUAUUAAACACAUGGCUCAAAACCUUCA